CGUGGUCACAUUUAAAUGUAAAACUGCUAUUUAUUGUUAGAAGACUGAAGAAAUGUUUUUUCACUGUAGAUGGCAUCUGCUCUUCGCUUGUUGUUCCUCCUUUGUGGGAUCAGUGGACUGUUGACUGGAGUCUGGUCUUACCCUAUGACUUAUUCAAAAAACAUUAACUGUCCUCAAGACUGGACUCAGUUGGACUGUAAAUGUUACAUCUACCAAGAUGAAGCGAGGAGCUUUGUAGAUGCAGAGGCCGUCUGCAGCAUUCUUGGUGGGAAUCUGGUCUCCAUCCACAAUGACCUGGAAAAUGCAGUUGUUCUUCAACUCCUUCGAGCUGGUGGUGAUGGCACGACAGCCUGGACUGGACUCCAUGAUGCAAUUGAGGAUGGUGACUACAUAUGGGCUGAUGGCUCUGAAGAGGAUUUUCUUAACUUUGAUGUCAAUGCUACUCCUGACCCAGAGCCUAAUAGCUCCACUGGUAACUGUGUAGAGAUUGAUGAGAGUGACGGACUUUGGCAAACGGCGGCCUGCACAAAUGACAAUGUCUACAUUUGCAUCAUGGAUGUCUGCGGCUAAUCGUUCAUCUUACCAUACUGUCUUCUGUCACAAAGGAAUGAGUCAUGAUGACUCAAUGAGACAGUAUUAAACUAGUGGUGUCUUUGUAUUACUGGGUUCAUUAUAAAUCUUUUCUUUUUUCCACAAUGCUCAAUUGUUAUUGACAACAAAUUUGUAACUUCAAGGAGCAUCUCUUUGGUAAAUAAAAGAACAUCUCUGCAUCAAAA